AUGUCGUAUCACAAUUUAUUAGACGGGGAUUGCGGUGGACAAAAUCCACUCGUUAAAUUAGGUAGUCAUUUUUCACAGGACCAAGCUUUCAGACAAAACAGAGUUCAUCCUCUCUCACCCGACUUUACACAAGCCGAUUUGCUCGUACACGAAUUUUUGGAAGAUAACUUGACGCAAAAUGUUCAAACGUUUCGAAUGGAUGAACUAUUUAGAGAAAUGCGAGAUAUCGAAUCGAAUUCGACGAGUGGUGGUAAACAUUCGAUAUGGGCUCAAGAAUUUACAAAUUCGGAAUCGAACGAAUCCGAACAACAAAAAUUAUUAUUUCCAACGGAUCCCUCUCUAUCGAUUCCAAUUUAUACCGAGCAAAACAUGAUAAUGCCGAAUGAUUUAAAUAUGGCACCGCGAGAAAACGAAUCGCUAAUAAAAGAAGGCGGUGGUGGAUGCGACGGUGAUAAAUUAAGGCCCAAUCAAUACGGGUUGGGAAAGGAUUGGGUGGAAAAUUUUUUAAAAAAUGGCGAUGAAAAAGUCGAUGAUAAAACGAAAUUUUCCGAUCAGUUUUGGAAAAAGUUACAAAAGGAAUGGGAAAAAAUGUCGGAAGCGGAAGGGAGUAAAUCAUGGGAAAAGGAAUAUGCGGAUUUUAUCGAUCCUUUCAAGGAAUAUACUUUCGAUGCUGAAAAUCCGAUGAAAGAAACGGAAAAUCCAUUUGAAUGCGGUUUGAAAAAAUUAGAGGAAAACGAUUUGCCCUCGGCCGUUUUAUGUUUCGAAGCAGCCGCACAAAUCGAUCCGGAAAAUCCGUUGGUUUGGCAAUAUUUGGGAACGACGCAGGCGGAAAACGAGCAGGAUCCUCGUGCCAUUUCCGCCCUGAAAAAAUGCAUAAGUUUACAAAGUGAUAACCUGACCGCUCUCAUGUCUCUUGCAAUAAGUUACACGAAUGAAAAUUAUCAAAAUCAAGCGUGUCAAAUGUUGAAACAAUGGCUCCAAAAUAAUCCAAAAUAUUCGGAUUUGGUUAAAGAUUCAUCGAAGGGAAAUUAUUACAACAUAUCGUCUCUUUUGUCUUCUAACAUUCAUCAAGAAGUUAAAGAAAUGUUCAUCGCGGCCGCGAAUAAAUGUCCGACAGGAGAAAUCGACGUCGACGUUCAAUGCGGACUCGGAGUUUUGUUUAAUCUUUCAAAUGAAAUCGACAAAGCUGCGGAUUGUUUCAAGGCGGCUUUGCAAGCGAGGCCAAAGGAUUUUCGAAUGUGGAAUCGUCUGGGUGCAACUUUGGCCAACGGACACAGGAGCGAAGAAGCCGUCGAUGCUUAUUACAACGCAUUGCAUUUGAGUCCGGGUUUUAUAAGGGCUCGAUAUAAUUUGGGAAUAACGUGCGUGAACCUCGGAGCCAAUCGAGAAGCAGCCGAACAUUUGCUGACCGCACUUAAUCAGCAAGCAAAGGGUAGAAAUUCUCAGGGCGACGUCGGAAUAAUGAGCGAAUCCAUUUGGACGACAUUGAAAAUGGUUGUCAACCUUUUGGGAAAGCAAGAAUUACUCGCAGCAGUCGAUGCAAGAGAUUUGACGACGCUCAACAAAGAAUUCAACAUAAAAUGA